AUGCAUGGCGUAAAAAGACGGGAACUUACCCAAGACCUGCUAUCCAAAAAGAAAGCUAGGGAUGUCGAAAAGAUUGUAAUAUAUAGAUCUCUAACACAGCGGGUGCUGGAGGCUAAGAAAAAUGAAAUAUACACGGUUGAAAAGUUGAGUACUGCAUCCAAGCUACUGGAAUUGAAUCCCGAAUUCAAUGCCGUUUGGAAUUUUAGAAGAGAUGCCAUAUCUCAUUUGAGAAGUCAGUUAUCCAUUGAGUUUUGGGACCAGGAAAUCAACUUCACCACGCUGCAGCUGAAAUCGUUCCCCAAAGUAUACUGGAUCUGGAACCACAGGCUAUGGUGUCUGAAUGAGUAUCCGGGCUCGCCGGUCGAAAAAUGGCAACAGGAAUUGGCAUUGGUAAACAAACUCCUGACCAUGGAUCCUAGAAACUUUCACAGCUGGCACUACAGAAGAAUUGUGACCACCAGACUAGAACAAAUGACCCAUGUUAGUUUGAAUCAGCAAGAGCUUGAUUACACCACUGAUAUGAUCAAUUCUAAUAUUUCCAAUUUCUCAGCGUGGCAUCGGAGGGCCACUCUCCUCCCCAAAAUGUUUGCACUAUCAGAAAUCUCGGAUCAAAAGGAAUUCAUCAAACAGGAGCAGCAAUACAUCACGAAUGCCAUGUUCACAGACGCAGAAGACCAAUCGGUAUGGUAUUACAUAAAGUGGUUUGUCAAGGCCGACUGCGUAUUAAAAGUUGUCUCCGCCGAAGAAUAUAAAGCUUUGCUGCAAGAACUCAAAGAUGGCAUUGUCAUGAUAAAUGAGGACGAAAAAGAGUUCUCCGGCAAACAAAACAUAUGGUGCUUGAAAAUACUGUGCUAUCUUGAGACGAUACAGGUGGAAGAGUUGGGGGUUGAUCUCAAGCCCAUGAAGUCCGAGUACCUAGCAAAACUCGCGGAAUUCGAUCCUCUAAGGAAAAACCGUUAUAAAUACCUUGACGAGAAAUGA